ACAGGCGGGGCCACCGUCGGGGACAUAGGCAGUUUCUACCGGCAAGAGACGGGGGAGGACCAAUCCAAGAUCCGGCCAAAUGCCAGAGCAGCUCCUGUCUUGCACGGAAUUACCACCAAAGGUGAAUUCCUUUGGUGUAUGGAAAUUGGAGAAAGGGCCACUGAAGUAUCCUUUGCCAUUGCUGCAAAUGCAGAUUCUCGCCAUUCUUGCAGUCAUUCACACGCUUCAUUUUGUUCUCAAGCAUUUAGGACUCCCCAUGCUCAUUUCUGAGAUUGCUGCUGGACUACUGCUGGGUGGAUCAGCGCUGGGGAACAUCUCGGCCUAUUCAGAAAUGUUUCUCAAUGUAGAAAGUCAGAAUAUAAUUGGUACUCUAUCAAUAUUUGGGUACACACUUUUUAUGUUUCUAAUUGGAGUGAAAAUGGAUGUGGGCAUGAUAAGUAACACAGGCAAAAAGGCCUUGGCUGUUGGGAUAUUAGCCCUUUUGGGGCCAUUAAUAGUUGGUAUGGCCGUCGCAUUAAUCUGCCUUAAGUUUUGGGCGAAAGAAGCCACGAAUCUUACCUAUAUAGCAGCAGUGCAUUCUCUGACGCCAUUCCCAGUCAUCGCUUGCCUCCUCAGUGAACUCAAAAUCCUGAAUUCGGAGCUUGGCCGGCUAGCACUGUCUUCAGCUAUAGUCAGCGACUUAUUCAGCUUAUUCCUCACCAUUGUUUCCGUCGUGGUUAGGACCCGUGAAGGCGCACCAUGGCAUACAGCGGUGGUAACCGUGGUAUCACCUGUUGUUUUUGUCCUUGUGGUUGUGUACAUCCUCCGCCCGGCCAUGUUCUGGGUCGUUGCACAGACACCAGAAGGCAGGGCGGUCAAGAAUGUGUACAUUUACGCUAUCAUUUUGGGGCUCCUUUUUUGUGGUAUCUUUUCUGAUUUUUUUGGGCAGUAUGUUGUCUUUGGGGCAUUUAUCUUCGGUCUGGCUGUACCAGAUGGACCCCCAUUAGGCUCUGCUCUGGUGGAAAAGCUCGAUUCCAUGGUCUCACUUGUUCUUAUGCCAAUCUUCAUGGCUACAUGUGCCAUGAGAGCAAAUGUGAUUGACGUCUUCAGGAAAGGAGACAAGGAAACAGUAGCCAAUACUUUUAUCAUUCUUGCCACUCUUAUAGCAAAAAUUGGAGCCUGCGUGGCACCUCUCUUGUAUUGCAAGAUGCCUUGUAAUGAUGCUUUAGCACUUAGCCUCAUCAUGAGCGCCAAAGGCACUGUAAACAUGGCCACCCAAAGCGUCCUAAGGGACAGCGGGGUGGUGGAUGAUGAAAUAUUUGGACUAAUGGUUAUUGCUACAACCUUGAACGCAGCUAUUGUGCCAUUCCUGGUGAGAAAACUCUAUGAUCCUUCAAGGAAAUAUGCAGGCUACCAGACAAGGAACAUUAUGCAUUGCAAACCCAACGCCGAGCUUCGCAUACUUGCAUGUGUCCAUGAACAAGAAGGCGUAACCUCCAUCAUCAACCUGCUCAAUGCCUCCAAUCCUACCAGAGACAACCCCAUCUCCAUUUAUGUUCUUCACCUCAUCGAGCUAGUUGGGCGGGCCACCCCAAUCUUCAUUUCCCAUGACAUGCAGAAGAGGACUGUUUCUAAUCACUCCUACUCCGAAAAUGUCAUCCUUGCGCUCAAUCGCUACCAGCGGAACAAUGGAGGUGCUGCCUUGACCCAUGUCUUUACAGCCAUCUCUCCCCACAAGCUCAUGCAUGAGGAUAUAUGCACUCUUGCGCUAAACAAACUGGCUCUAUUUAUGAUAAUCCCCUUCCACCGUAAAUGGAACAUCGGUGGGUCUAUUGAAUCAGACGAGCAAAGGAUAAGGAACCUUAAUUGCAGUGUCCUGGACAUGGCUCCUUGCUCUGUAGGGAUUCUUGUUGACCGUGCCCAGCUAGGGCGCUCGGCCUCACAGUCAUUUUACAUUGCUCUUAUUUUCCUAGGAGGAAACGAUGACCGUGAGGGCUUGGCCUAUGCCAAACGCAUGGCUUCAGGCCCUAACGUGAACCUCACAAUAGCUCAUUUCUUGCCCAUGGACGAUGAAAACACAAACGAGUGGGAAAAUAUUCUUGAUGAUGAGGCACUCAAGGAUAUUAAACAUAGCAAUCUGGGCUUUGAACAAGUUAACUAUUUACAGAGAGUUGUGAAAGAUGGACCUGAGACGGCAUUGAUUGUUCGAUCAAUGACUAGUCAGUAUGACCUCAUAAUAGUAGGGAGACGGCACGGUGUAGAAUCGCCUCUUACAUCAGGCCUCACAGAAUGGAGUGAAUUCCCAGAGCUUGGGGCCCUUGGAGACCUGCUUGCAGCAUCAGAUCUAGACAGCAAUGCUUCUGUAUUGGUUGUGCAACAACAACGAAAGUUGUAAGACACCCAUUAAUUGUGUAGCUAGAUGCUAGUGUACUUGAAAGGAAAUUAAGAGUUGAUGGAUGCAAUUGUGUCUCUCCUCCUUUC